AUGGGUGAGCUUGUUGACGACGAGUUGUCAUUAUCAAGAGAGGCUGUUGACGAAGAGUUGUCAUUGUCCGAACAAAUUUUCAGCCUUUGUAAUUCGUUUGGGGGAUAUGAACGAGUCACAGGACCCGACAAGAAGGUCACUCAGAGGUAUCAUUUAGGAGACGAAUGUUUAGGCUGCCUCAAAGACAUGAAAGAAAUCCUUCGAUAUAAUGACCACACUACUCUUGAAGUGUAUUGCGAACUUUGGAAAUUAAAAAUUUUAGAAAAGGAUUUAAUUCCUAUAAUCAAGUUAAAUCAGGAACCACUCGAUAGUACACAAAGCCGUUUAACAUUAGCUUGUGUCGAAAUAAUAGUUCCUAUGACAUGGCCCUUUGAUUUAAACGCCGACAUUGAUAUUUUGGAUGAAGAGGAUAUAGAUCUUUCACAAAUUAAUCGUGCAAAAAAGAAACGUGUAAAAUCGCAGUAUGAUUAUAAAGUAACAUUUACUCAACAUCCUGAAAUUUUGAGGAUAUUACAUAGUUUCCUAAAGUCAUUUAUAUUAAUGGAAAGGCGAGAACGUACGCAAAAGGACAACAUGAAUAUACGUCUACUGCUGCAUUUAUUCCGGAAUUUGGUCGCAAUCAAAGAUCUAACAGAUCACAAAAUACCGCGAACCACUUUACAGAACAAAUUAAUUACUUUGUACGAACAAGAAGGGAUUUUUAAGACUCUUUUCAACCUUGCUUCUGAUAACAAAGAAUUGUCACUAUGGAAUAUGAUAAUUCAGGAGACCUUUUACCAUGUAUUUUAUGAUGUAGAGCCACAGUCCUUACUAAAGGAUCCCAAAAAGGAAGCAGAAACAAGAGCAAAGAAAUUGUUAGAAGAGGAGCAAGUUAAAAAAUUGAAAAAUCAAAACAAAGACACUCGGUAUAAUGGAUCUGUCUGGAUUAAAGUACCACCGGGAAAGGAAUUAACUAUUCAUAAACGAGAUGGGAUGCAAGGAAAUGGGCCGGAAGUUUUGGAUAAUCUUAAAAAGAGGAAAUAUCAGAAAACACUGCCUUCGGAUGAGCUUGACAAAAAGAGAGGAAGUUAUGUUAUUCAUGAUCAGGAAGCAUAUCAAUGUUUAAAAGCAACAGCAAUCCAGUUCUUUACAAAAACGUUUAAUGGCAUCACUCGUCGUUUCUGUCAGAAAAAACUUCGAUAUAAUAAGUUACCAAGUAUAGCAUAUGAACCAGGAUUUGAAGAGCUUAAAAACUUGUAUUAUAGUUUUGACCUGGUCCGUGCUAUUAUGGACUAUGAAGGAUUCUUAUUGGUAUUCGAAAAAAUCUCUUUUUUCAGAGAUCACAAGCGAUGGUCGGACUUGCAUUUUGGAUUAGAUUGUUUUAGACAAAUGUUGUUAACUUUACGAGCGAUGAAAAGAUUUGAUGAUAAACCUAUACGUUACAAAGCAGAAUGUAUACUUAACCAAAUUUACUACGAAGAAGAUAAUUUGAGAAUGAUGAUGCUGCUUGUUAAAGAAUAUAAAGAUCAAUCGUUUGGGUACCUUCAAAGCUUAAUUGCCACCAUCCAUGUUCUUUUGGAAAGGCUUGAAAGUUGUUCAGAAACUACCAUCGUAAUAGAGGAGAUUUCAAGAACAGAGUCGGGAACGAGUUUUAGAAUGGAGGAAGAAGAUCCAAAUACAGAUGACAAUUAUGAAGACAUAGAAUAUGAUAAAAAAAAUAGGGAAGAUUUUAAAUCACAUAAAAAAAGGUUCGAGGAUUAUCAAGAGAGUUUUGUUAACGAAUCCGUAAUCUCGACGUACUGCUCUUUGCUAGAGUAUUAUGAGAGAAUCGACUCUGAAAGCUUCUAUCACAUAACCACUGCAUUUCAUCGAAUUAUUGUUCGUUGUUCAGCAGAAGCUAUCUUUUUUAAGCUUUCCAUUUUAGAACUUUUGAAUCGUAUAUCGAUUUACUUUGAAGGACUGCAAUCAUUAACAACAUCGCAAAGUGAAUUUAAAGAUUUUAUUAGACUUGUAUCAGGAAGUUUUUUUGAUUACGCUGAAAAGAACGAUUUGAUGUAUUGCGAGGUUUUCUGUCCUAAAACAAAACAUAAUUGGAAAUGUUUGCAACUUGGUUAUAAUUUCUUCGAUGAUAUAUCGCUUGUUGGAAUGGAUCAAUCUUCGGGACUAGACGGUAACCAACCAAAGACUGAAUGA